AUGACAGUAACCACAACACAAAACACCUCGGCCCUGGGAUCCCCGCUCAGACUCGAGCAUGCGACACUCGAGGACAUUCCCGAGUUAAUCGACGUCUGGUACAACGCAUUCAAUACCCCAGAGAUGCUAGCCAUCUGGCCGAACACCCCCGGAGUACGACAAUGGUGGGACGAAGCCAAUCGCCACGACAUGCUACACAAGCCCCAAGAGAAAUAUCUCAAGGUGGUCGAUACCAGGAAUGGUCGGAUUGCAGCAUAUGCCAAGUGGUCCCUUGAAACGGCUGAAGAGCGUGGCCCUCGGUUUCCCCCAUGGCACCCGGACAUGAACCCUGAGCGUAACGACGCAUUUAUCGGAAACAUGGAGCCGGCCGUGCCAGGUUGGUUGGAGGAAAGAAGAAUUUCUGUAUAUCUUGAUAUGCUGGGUACGCAUACCGACUAUCGGAAAAUGGGUGCUGCUCGCAUGCUGAUUGGAUGGGGAUGUCAAAUGGCUGACCAAGAAGGGGCUCUUGCUUAUAUUGAUGCAAGUACUGAUGGUCGACCUGUCUAUGAGAAGUUUGGAUUUGAGGAUCGAAGUGAUUCUGCAAGUGCGGCAGCUGGACUGGCGUCUAUGGUUAGAGAGGUGCGGAAUUGA